ACCAUGAAAUGUCAGUUUCAAUACACUUAGCAUUACCCAAAGUGGUGUUAAUAGCAAUAGUUUGAUCCAUCGGGUAAGGGAAAGCAAAGGCAUUGCUGACCAUAUCACCAAACUUGUUAUCCAUGCACCACAGACCAUAGAAAAUGGUGUGUUCUGCCAGUUCAGGCCCCAUCAGAUUUGUUUUAAUAUUUCAGUAACCUAGCAAUAUUAAGUAUUUUUGACACAGUAAUAAAAUAUAACACUUCUGCUGUACACACUGCUGAUGCUGCAUUCUUCCAUGUGCAUUAUAUUUUGGGUGCUCUUUUGAAGGCAUUAAAAAAAACCUUUACUGUUUUCUGCCAGUAAGAAUCUGUUUAUCAUGCGAAGAAUGUAUAAGGCCAUUUUCCUUCUGACUAUGAACCAAAAGCAGAUCAAUAUGCCAUGUCCUGUAACUUUAGUGCAAUGUGACACAUUGAUUAAAACUGACAGGGAAAUGCCUAUUGUUGAAAGCUGACUAAAGCUAGCAGAAAAUGUGGCAUGAAACAGGUUGAGCAAGCACUUGCUGCUAGGAAUGUGUAUAUACAAGCAUCAGGUUGAGUAAAGCAGCUUUAAAAGUUAGCAACACAGUGUGUUUUUUUCUUCUGAAUCAGAUAAGACUUUUGAACAUGAAUGCAGCAAUCUCCAUGUGCCCCAAACAUAUCAGACGUUGCUUUUUAUAGGCUUGGACUAAGGAGAUAGCAAUGAGACUGGGAUAUCAUCUAAAGAAGUGGCUGCCCACAUGAGGAAUUUUCUAAAGUUGUUCUUUAGUCCCUGCCCCAUAUCCAUUCAGGGCCUGUGAAACUACAUAUUAUAUGAAAGCUAUGUAUAUGAAAGACACUGAAGAAAAAAGCAGAUAAUCCUAGUAAGAGGUUGAAAAUUAUGACUGUUGGUACUCCUCCCAUCCCUGAUUGAUUUGAGUACUGUGGUAAUCUGAAAGGAACUCUAAACAUCUUUCUUUUCAUAAAGAAAGAAAGACAAAGCAACAGCCUUUGUCUGACAUCACCGCAAGUCUAAAGCACAUUGAAAAGAAAUGACCAGCCUACUUCCAGAAGAUACUGUGGAGUCCCAGGGCUCAGAUGAGCUUGAAUGCAAAAUCUGUUACAACCGCUAUAACUUGAGACAGAGAAAACCUAAAGUACUGGAGUGUUGCCACAGAGUAUGUGCCAAAUGUCUUUGCAAGAUCAUAGAUUUUGGGGAUUCUCCUCAGGGAGUCAUUGUUUGCCCAUUCUGUAGGUUUGAAACAUGCCUGCCCGAUGAUGAGGUCAGUAGUCUUCCUGAUGACAACAAUAUCCUUGUAAAUUUGGCUUAUGGAGGCAAGGUGAAGAAGUGCCUACCAGACAAUCCCACAGAACUCCUGCUGACUCCCAAAAGGCUGGCCUCUCUCGUUAGCCCCUCUCACACUUCCUCCAACUGUCUGGUUAUAACUAUCAUGGAGGUUCAGAGAGAGAGCCCUCCGACCCUGAACUCAACCCCUGUUGUGGAAUUCUACAGGCCCACAAGCUUUGACUCUGUUGCAUCUGUGCCUCAUCACUGGACGGUGUGGAACUGUACAUCCUUGCUCUUCCAGACUUCAAUUCGAGUCCUAGUUUGGUUGCUAGGCUUGCUAUAUUUUAGUUCCUUGCCUUUAGGGAUCUACUUACUGGUAUCAAAGAAAGUCACCCUUGGGGUAGUCUUUGUCAGUCUUGUUCCCUCGAGUCUUGUUAUUCUCAUGGUUUAUGGCUUUUGCCAGUGUAUAUGUCAUGAGUUUCUGGACUGUAUGUCUUCUUAAUAGCAAUUGCAAUGAAACAUGUGAAAUUGCCAUAGAUGUAGCACUGUUAACUUAAAUUUCUUGUUUGUAUUUUUUAUUUUUAUCCUUCAAGGAAAAUAGGAGUGCUGACAAGUUUUGUGGUCCUUUUAUUAUUUUAAAGGGUAAUUGAAUGGUUGGUUUCUUCUGCUCUAGCCUGUUUUACCAAUGAAUAAACAAAUAUCAUUUUUUUAAAGUCUAAGCAAUAGAAAGAGGGUGAGGCAAGUACAACCACCUAACUGGGUGCCUGAUCCUAUGCUGCAGUAAUAUUUUUAUUUUCAAUAGAUUAUUCAUAUAAGAGAACAGUUAAGAUUACUGGAGUCAUUUCAGAAGAAAUGCCUGUUAAUAUUCUAAACUGUCUCUUAUUUACGUUGGUGAGUAACGUUGCUCUGGGAUUUAAUCAGCUGUGACCCUCUACUGAUUAAGUCCCACUGAAACGGGGCAAGAACAGAGAUCUAACAAUAAUUGGACAUUUCAUCGGUGCCUCUGAUCUUUAACAUGCACAAAGAAAAUAGGUGCUACCAUCACAUCAGAACUUUUUGCCAGGCUUCCAGACAGUGAAAGAGACUGAGGAAUGGAUGGUUGCUUUUAACUAACCGAAUAGGUAGAAAAUUGUAAAGGAGACAUAUGCGCCACAACAAUACAUGGAUGUAUCUUUGUUCACUGUUAACAUUUCUUCUCAAAUAUGUUUUUGAUUAAAAGCGUUACAAAGCCUUACCUGUGACUAUCUUCUGCAUGCAGAAAUAUGAAGAGCUGCUAUUUUCCUUGUGCAAGAAAAAUCCAGCUGCAUCCUGAAGAGUCUGUUCCUUGUGUGGUGACCUGUUUAGUAUGCCCAUAGCUUGUGCACAGUCUUACACAACCAAUCACAUUUCUUAUUCUGCCACUUGUGGACCUCUGGAUUGCAGUUGUGGUGUUGUAAUAUGCACAAGCUAAAAUAAUAAUAAUAAACAGAUAGAGGGUUGUUAUAAAGUGCUUAGGUUGGUUUAAACUAAGCUUUCCCUAGAAAACAGGUUGGAAGAGGAUCACAGCCUUGCCUACUUAACCUAAUAAUUUUGAACUUCUUUUUAUGAGGCCAUACAAACCUCAUGGAUUAUACAAUCGAAACCAAAUCUCGUUAUAGCAAUUAAAACUGUGGUUUCAGUUUUGCAACAUAGUCUCACUUUUGUUUACAUCCAAGAUAAAUGACGUAUUGAAGUGUGAAAAUGCAUUAAGCUGUAUAAUUGUUUGCCCUAUUUUCUUAUUUUAAGUAAGCCAAAUGAUAUUAACAUUUAGAAAUCUUUAAGGACUUCAUAAGAGGCAUAUAAUUUUGGGGAUGACAUGCAGCAUGUCAUGGAAGGAGAAAAGGCAAGUAGUGCAUAAUAGCUGAUGCAGGAAAUAACUGGUGGGAUUCAAUUUACAAGUCCCAUUAGGACUCUCUCCCCCCCCAAAAAACCCCUUUAUUUUACAAAAGAAAGCACUCAAAGCACAUCUAAAGAAGUGUUACUUUUGUCCAUUACUAAUGGCUUGCAUUGAAAACUUAAUAUUUCAUAGAAUGAUCUGUUACUACUACUUUAAAGUGCUUGCAACAAGGCAUGGGUAGUGGCAUGGCCAGCACCAGUAAACCGCAAAGUGUAACUAAUUUGUGACUCCAUCAGAUACGAAAAAGUCCAUCUAAGAAAAUAUAUGUUUUAUAGUGUCUGUAACAUUUGUAUAAUUUGUUUGUGUGCAUACAUGUUACAAGAAUUUAUAUAUUUGUAGGGAAUUCACAUUCAAAAUUGUCCAAGCUGUACUAUCUCCUAAUAAAUGAGUUCUUGACAUAGGAUGGAA